AUGUACAUACCAUAAGUCAUCCCAAAACCAAGCUAUAAACAUUAAAUCAAUCAAUUAACAUAUACCAAUUCACGUAAGGAGUAUGGAGUAUGGAGGAUGGAGGAUGGAGUACCGGGGAAACCAUCGCUACUCUGAAACUCGGUGCUCGGGUUGGUUUCUCUGGACUUCCGGGGUCCGACCGACCGACACCUUUCAACCUCUCUUAACAAACCAAAACCUUCAUCCCAAAAUGCCCACAACCUCCGCACUCACCCUCGCCCUCCUCACCUCCCUCGGCGGCAUAAUCGGCUACGCCCGCACGGGCUCCAUCCCCUCGAUCGCGGCCGGCGUCUCCAUCGGCGCACUGUACCUAGUGAGCUUUCUCCGAUUGAAGAGCGGACAGCCCUACGGCGCGGAAAUCGGACUCCUGGCGUCGCUGGUUCUCGGUGGGAGUUCGGUCCCCCGGGCAAUCAGGUCGAGGAAGCCGGUGCCCGUGGGGCUGAGCGUUAUGGCGCUUUAUGGCAUUUGGGCUUUUGGGGGUGCGGUUUAUGGGAAGAGCGGUUGAGUUUGUUGUUGGGGAGUUUGGAAUCGGGGUCUAGGCUAGGCUGCUUGGGCUUGGAAUGGGAUACCGAUACCUACUACAUCCACUAGGUAGGGAUUUUCGCGUGUAUAUCUUGAAUGAAUGUGGAGCGAGUGGAGUAUGUGCAGUGAGUGGUUAAUAGGACUACGGAAGGUAGUAGUAGGUGCACAGCUAUAAUAUUACUUUUGUGACAACGAUGAU